CUUCUGGUUUUCGUCUUUAAUUAUUCUUUUUCAACAUCCUUUUUUUGCUUUUGAUCUUUGUUUUCUUUUGUAGAGAGAAUCACUUUUUUUUUUUUUUAUUAUCUUUCCAAUUGUUACUUUUUCCAAACAUCACUUGUUAUGGGUAUCUCUCCCGCUGCUGCUGCUGAACUUUGUUUUUCUUCUAUAUUGGCAGCAGCUUUUUUUCAACAACAGAUGGGUUUGCUUUCCAGGUCGAAUUCUUAUGAGGUAGCAGAGCUAACAUGGGAGAAUGGUCAGCCAGCCAUGCAUGGGCUUGGUGGGCUGCUUCACUCUAGCCAGGCUACAAAGGCCACAUGGGGUAGGACCAGUGAAACCCUAGAGUCUAUAGUCCACCAAGCCGCAUCAUGCCACAGUACACAACAAAACAUAAACUCAAACCACCACCAGGAGCCGGCAAAGAUAGCCUCCGCUGUCGCAUCAUCGGACGGCAAAUGGGCAGAAACGUCCUCCGGGCAACAACAGGCACAGAUGGACCCCUCGAUAAAGAAACGUGCAAGAUCAGAGUCGAACCAAUACUGUCGAAGCAACAGGGAUCAUGAGCAUGUGGACCGUAGUGCAUGUGCAAGUGCUAGUCCCAUAACGACUUAUGCUUCUUUUGAGUCUACCCCUAGCUACAAGGCCAAGACCACUGAUAAUGAGGAUUCUUCUUCUCAUGGUGGAUCGGAAAACCAAUAUGAAGAUCGAGAGACCAAAACAAUCAGAUCUGAUUCAAGUAGAAGAAGUCGAGUUGCUGCCGUUCACAAUCAAUCAGAGCAGAGACGAAGAGAUAGGAUCAAUCAAAAGAUGAAAGCUCUCCAGAAGUUGGUUCCUAAUGCAAGUAAGACAGAUAAAGCAUCAAUGCUGGAUGAGGUGAUAGAGUACGUGAAACAACUACAAGCACAAGUUCAAGUAAUGAGUGUGAGAAACAUGCCUCAGAUGAUGAUGCCUUUAGGGAUGCAACAACAUCUUCAUCAAAUGUCUCUCCUAGCACGUAUGGGCAUGGGGGUUACUCAUCUUGGUUUGGGAAUGGGGAUGCUUCAUGACAUGUCCACAAUAGGACAUACCACUACUGCACCUCCACUACUCCACCCUGCACCACCAGCCGCCACUGCUGCCGCCGCUGCAUUUGCUCCUCCUCCUCCUCAUCCCUUUGUAGUUCCCUCUAUGAUCCCAGCAGCAAAUCCGGACCCUGCCGCCAAUAGUUCAGCUCCUUUGCCUGAUCCAUAUUGCAGUUUUUUAGCGCGAUCGAUGAAUAUGGAGCUUUACAACAACAUGGCAGCACUGUACCAGCAGACCACACAAGCAGCAAGCGGCCCUUCACAGCCCAACCACCCCCAAGGUGAUUAACAACAAUAAGAGUAUUUGUAAAACAAUAAGAAAGAAUAGGAGGAGGAAAAAGAGUAUAAAUAUAUGAGCCUAAUUAAUGUAACUUAAUAUGAACAAUUGUUUAUGUAUUAUUUUAUUGCUAAUUAAUAAAAUUAAUGUCUUGUAUAAUA